CGGUGCUUGGCCCGCAGCCGGGGCCGCGGCCGAGCCGCCGUGCACCGCAGCCGCAGCCGCACCGGAGCGGAGCUGCCCCGGCCGAGCCGCAAUGGGAGAGGCUUUGCAGGAGCACAGAGGAGCCGCCUUGCUGCCCAGGAGCUGUUGCAGCCGCCGGGGAAUCGCCAGCAGCCAUGCCGAGCUGGCUGGAUGCAAGAUGACCCUCACGACUACACCAGCAGCCAGCGUGGCCCAGGCUUUCUUUUACCUGCUGCUGUGUGUCUCUUGGGGCAGCUCCUGCCCCCCAAGCUGCCAAUGCACAGAGCGAGCAGGGGCGAAGGCCGUCCUCUGCAGCUCCCGGCACUUGGAGGAGAUCCCGAAGGACAUCCCCAAAGACGCAGUGUUCCUCAAGCUGGAUGCCAACAGCAUCACCAGGAUCCCCAGCAAUGCCUUCAGGCAUCUCUCCCACCUGGAGGAACUCGAUCUCUCCAGGAAUGCCAUUGAGAAGAUCGACAGGGCGGCCUUCAAAGGGGUGGCUGCUGGGCUGCGUACGCUCGACCUCUCCAGCAACCGCAUCCGCAGCAUCCCCAAGGAGGCCUUGCUGGCUCUCAAUGCCAAGCUCCGGCUGGCCAACAACCCCUGGCACUGUGAGUGUGCCUUGCAGGAGGUGCUGUGGGAAGCACGGCUGGACCCUGACUCCGUCCAGGACAUCACCUGCCACACGGCCCCACGAGAGGAGUACGUGGGCAAGCCGCUGCUCCAGGUCCUGGAUGCCGGUGUCAACUUCUGCAGCGUGCGCCAGAGGACCACGGACGUGGCCAUGUUCAUCACCAUGUUUGGCUGGUUUGCCAUGGUCAUUGUCUAUGUGAUCUGCUAUGUCCGGCACAACCGAGAGGACACCUGCAAGCACGUGGACUACCUGAAAUCACUGCCAAGCACCCAGGGCCAUGCUGAGACCACCAGCACUGCCCUGUAGCGCAGGACUGGAACAUCCCUUUCCCAGCUUCUCUGCAGAGAGCCAGUGGCAACCUGGUGAUCUUCAAAGCUUCUUGAUGGGAUUUUCCAGUAUUUGCUCCAGUCCUGCAAAUGAGUGCCACUGACUUCACCCCUCCCAGUGAUGGUGGCCUGAGUGUGAGCAAAUGGCAUGGGGAGGGAUGUUGGGACACCCCAUGCAGACCUGUCAAUGGAGCCCAGGCUCCUGGGGAAGACUCUCCUACACACAGACCCCUUCUCCCCUGCCAGGGCUGGGCUCACAGGGAAAGCAGUCCCAGCCACGUGCUUGUGGUCCAUGUGGUUUGGAGAGAACAAGACCCUGGGAGAGACAGAUGAAGGUAGGGGAUCUUGUGGACUUCUAGGAAGACCUGGAGCCUGGGAUGCAGAGGGAGGGUAGCUUUGUGCAGUGGGAUCUGGCUCUAGUGAGGGACCAGCCUUGCAGAGAGCAUGACAUCAGGCCCAGUCACCAUACAGCAUCUCAGCAGCCUCUGCCUGCCAGCAGCAACCUGGGGGUGAUGUCCCAAACCUUUGAUUUCUCAAUAAAACCCUACGUGUAGGAAAAGCCUUGGGGUUUGCACUGCACUGUGAGCUGGGCAUCCAGGAAGGGUGGUGGUGCUUGAGGGGUUUGCACUUGUCCUAAUUCAAUCUGUCCCAAAUCAGACCAGCCUAAAUCCAAUGUACCAGUGCGACUGCCAUUAAGCUACAUCCCCUCCAUCCUCACCUCAUUCUGCUUUGAGCAGGAGCCAGCUGGCCAUAUGCUGCCUCUGCAUCUCACCUGGUGCAUCUUGCCUUAUCUCAUCCUUGCUCAGG